AUGGUACGCGAUCUCAUCAAGAUCAAAGGCAUGCACAAAUCGGAAAAGAUAAUAAUUCCUCUCCUUCUCUUUCUACUGCUCCCUCUUGCUGAGGUGCCCUCUUGGGGUUUCCCAAAGCCAAAAGCCCCCAAAAUCACGCAGAGCACAUGGCAACGUUUCCUCUCCCUUGCUGACAGCAUUCUGCGUAUCAAUGAGACAAUUCAGGUGUUGCCCGAUCCUCAUUUUCUCUCCCUCAAGCUCGAGUCAAUUAAUCCGGUGGAUUUACAGAAGUGCCGUUACUGGGCGGCCUUCAAUCCCAACUGUCCUGCCAAAGGAAGCAUCCACUUUGAAUGCGCCUUCACAUCGCGCAUGUUUGAUGCCCAACUGCUUCAACACCGACCACUGGAAUGGGGCAAUUUCCGUGUGAGUGCGGAAAACAAAGGGAUGAUUCGUUACCACCAACUUCAAGGCUUCUUGAAAGGAGCUAUGGUGGAAUGCUGUGAAUCCACUUGGCGCAAGGAGCCAAUUGUAUUUCCCUACCUCUUCAAGGUUCACAUUGAACGCGUGGCUCGAUGCAGUUUGACUCAGAGCUCCAAGCUUCAAAUGCCCGAGGUGAAGAAUGAUGAGGAGGUGCGUGAUCUUCUGCGCAAUUUCCUCAACUCCUACUUCCGAAUAUACCUUUCAGAGUACUUCUACUCACCGCCCUGUUAA